AUGCGUGGAAUGAGCACCGCUCUCAGAGAGAGAUCACCAGGGUUCCUUUACUCAGAGUUCUAUAUCGCGGUACCGUUUGCUCACUACUUGCGAUUACCCACUGAGCCCCUCGCAGACGGUGUACUCUUUUCGGUCAUUAUGAUGGGCGUUCGAUUUGGAACAUUCUUAUUGUACUGGGCAUUGCAACCCCUCACCCGAACAUACCUAGGGAUUUACCUGAUGUGGGCCAUCAUUACGGUUCUGUCGAGCAGGAUAUAUCUGAAUAUGGUUCAACUCGCUCAAAUGGAUACAAGGGGAAGAGAACCAAAUGUCAACUUUUACGAGUAUUCAGAUGGGUGUAGCACGUACAGUCACGCCCUGACGGUUGAAUAUGACGGCCUACCCAGUCGUCGACAGUCGGUCAAUGCGCCAAAUCCCCGCCAUUCCUCUGGACACAGAAAUAUACAGAUCUUUACGAGCACCGUGACUAUGACGACCUCGGAUGGGUCUUACAAGGUUAUUGGAGGGCGACAGUUUCCUUGCAUUAUUGGAAACAAUCUACCUCCGAAAGAAGUCGUCGAGGAGACCAAGAAGGUGGAUUUCGACGAAUAUCAGAUGGAUACUAUUCCGAGGAAGCCUUCCAAUGACAAGAGGCAGUCGUCCAUCCAGUUCCUACAGUCUAAUCACCUCCGUCGCUCUUCAUCUGUCAGCGAGCAUGAAGGUGUCAAUCGUGCAUCAUUGGAUAUCACUAGGCCACAACCCCAGCCUGCAGCUCUGCAGUAUGUCCGAACUCAGCAAGCAGAUGAGAACUCCGGCAAGCUCUCUCCUCUUCCCCCCACUCCUCCACCAAAGCCACUUCGUACGCAGAGUGAUACGCUUUCACGAACAUCCGUCAGUCGACCGUCCCAAAUUGUCAGUUCUCGCCAUCGCUCCAAUACUCAACCCAUCAGUCCACCUGGAAGCGAGAUCAACUUUUACUCUACAUACUUCUCCGAUGACUAUUUUGUGACGGCAGAUGAUGGGAGACCCUUGUCCUUGAGGAUGGAAGAACGAAGAUCCCCGUCAGCCUUACAUCUCAACGAACGAAAGGCGAGUCACCGCAAAAUAACUUUUGGUGGCACCCACUCUAGGCUGCCGUUACCGUCCACUGUACCGGAGAUGGAGUCGGUUGUCUCCCGUCCAUCCCGCCUAGAGUCCCUUGCCGCGUCAGGGGGACUGCCAGCCAGAGCAGCACCAGAUCGACUUAUACCACCUCCACGACUUCAAGUGGAUAACCUCCCAAGACCUGGCGCACGACACCAAUCCCCCUCAUCCCCUUACACGACCACUCCGGCCACUGCAAGCACUAAUGCACAAUCCCCUGUCUCAACGGUGAACGUCGCCACGCCAUCUUCACCCAUUCAAGAAGAAUUUCGUGUAUUCACAGCUACAAAAGCUACGAUAGGCACCGCGAUCACGCGUCUCAAUCCUCUGGUCGCAUCCUCUAAGUGGACUUUGCCGUUCAGAAAGCUUGGUCCAGAGGUGUCCACGGUUGCCGCUGUAGAUCUUGGGUCUGAAGGAGAAUACGGAAAGCGAAGAAAGAAGUCGCACCUCUUCUCGGGGGUAUAUGUUGCCAAUCCGACCAGGCGGCGUCGGAAUACAGAGCCGUCCACGCAGACAGUUGGGAUGUCGUUCCUGCCGUGA